AUGGAGUGUGUCGCCGUCGCAGCACAGCUCCAGCGCAAAACUCCAGCGCAAAACUCCAGCGCAGUCUCCACCGCGGUCCCCGUCCCAUAUCCCACGCCGCCAAGCAAAAGGCGCGAGGACGUUGAGAUAAGCUCGGCGCAGACCGACCAACGUGCUGCCGCCCGCCGCGGUGAUUGGCCGGACCAAGGGUCCCGCCGACGAGGUCCCCGUGGCCGAACCCGGGAUCCAUGGGCCGCCAAGCCUCGCGAGUGCUGCGCCAAGACAUUCCAUGGUCUUGGCGUCGGGAGAGCUCAAACAUCUAGAAUUAGGGCUGCGUUGCCGUUCUGGGACGCCUGCGGGAUGGCGACGCUGAGAAGAGUUCGCGGCGGAGGGUGUGCUGCUCCGUUAUUUUCUGUUCUAUUUUAA